UUCUUGGGCAGCUUAGCAAAAGUUUUUACCUUUCUGGAGUACGAGUGGAGGUUAGCGAGGAAGAAAAAGUGUAGCAAGGCAUGCUUUUGAGUAGAAAAGGAUCGAAAACCUACAGUUUGAAAAGGAACAAUGAAGAGAAAACGGACCGGAACUCUACUGGUUCAAUUUCAAAGAAGUUCCUUCGCACACCAGGACAAACAGCAGUAUCAGAUGAAAUUACGUCCCUAGACAAUGAUCAACGGGAAUGCCAGUUAACUGUGUUCGAAAAGAAAUUUCUGCUUUGCUCUGAAAGAGGUGAUGUUCCUGCAGUUCGGGCCUUACUGGAAAAGCACAAGAACAACAACCGAUUCAGUAUCAACUGCCGAGAUGCCAUUGGUAGAACUGCACUGGUGGUGGCCAUCGAGAAUGAGAACAUGGAGCUCAUUGAACUCCUUCUCGCGAAUGGGAUUGAACCAGGGGAUGCUCUUUUGCACGCAAUUAGUGAAGAGUACGUUGAAGCUGUGGAGGUACUUUUGCAGCACGAAGAAAAGAUCUACGUAUCAGGAAGACCUUACAGCUGGGAGGCCGUGGACAAUGAAAUGGCAACUUUCACAAAAGAUAUCACUCCUCUUAUCUUAGCUGCUCAUCGAGACAACUAUGAGAUAAUCAAGCUCCUUCUAGACAGAGGUGCUUCCUUGCCUAUGCCUCACAAUGUCCGAUGUGGCUGCGAUGAAUGUGUGGUUGCCACGAAAGACGACUGCUUACGACAUUCAAGGUCUCGUAUCAACGCAUACAGAGCACUCACAUCGCCUUCACUCAUCUGUUUAUCAUCAGCAGACCCUAUUCAAACAGCCUUCAAUCUCAGCACCGAGCUAGCAAGACUAUCUUCUGCUGAGCACGAGUUCAAGAGCGACUAUACUGCAUUGCGUCGAAAAUGUGAAGAAUAUGCUACGGCUCUUUUGGACCACACUCGUACGUCUUAUGAGUUAGAAGUGAUGCUGAAUUAUGACCCUAAUGGGCCUUCGUACGAAAAAGGAGAUAGAAUGAAACUGGAAAGACUAAAACUAGCCAUAAUUAGUAAACAAAAAACAUUUGUUGCACAUCCAAAUGUUCAGCAACUUCUGGCUUCCGUCUGGUAUGCAGGUAGUCCAGGAUUCAGAAGAAAAAAUAUCUUGGGACAACUUUUAGAGAUUUCCAAAAUGGGGAUGAUGUUUCCCGUUUAUUCCAUGGCGUACAUAUUGGCUCCUAACAGCACGUUAGGAAGCACAAUGAAAAAGCCUUUCACAAAAUUCAUAUGUCAUUCAACGGCAUAUUGUUUCUUUUUGUUGCUGUUAAUCAUGGCGUCUCAACGAGUAGAAACACUUCUCAUGCAGUGGAUCGGAACUGAUUUUCUUCUAGAGAAAAUUCGCUACGAUAGUGAACACGAAAGGGGUAAACCACCGGGUCUUGUGGAAUCUGCGAUCAUGUUUUUUGUCGUUGGAUUCGUUUGGGCUGAAAUUAAGCAAUUGUGGGAUGAAGGCUUGCUCAAUUACCUGUACGAUAUGUGGAACGUUGUGGACUUCUUUACAAAUAUGCUAUACCUUACCUGCAUUGGACUACGGUUUUCUGCUUGGUUUAUCGUACAAAGAGAACUUGCCAAUGGCUUAGAAGCUUAUUUGCCAAGGGAGGAGUGGGAUCCGUAUGAUCCGAUGCUCAUCUCGGAAGGAAUAUUUGGGGCUGCUAAUAUAUUUAGCUUUUUGAAAAUGGUUCACAUCUUUUCCGUGAAUCCACAUCUCGGACCCCUUCAGAUAUCUUUAGGUCGUAUGGUUUUUGACAUCAUCAAAUUUUUCUUCAUCUACUCCUUGGUGUUAUUCGCAUUCGGCUGCGGAAUGAAUCAGCUGCUAUGGUACUAUGCUGACAUCGACAAAGAACUUUGCUACAGUAUGCCCGAUGGGUCUCAGAAUCCAGACUACGAGCAAUCCUGUCUCAUAUGGCGAAGAUUUGCAAACCUCUUUGAAACCUCUCAGAGUUUAUUUUGGGCCAGUUUUGGAUUAGUUGAGUUAGAAAACUUCGAACUUACUGGUAUAAAGAGUUAUACACGUUUCUGGAGUCUCCUCAUGUUUGGUUCAUAUUCUGUUAUCAACGUUGUAGUUCUUCUGAACUUACUCAUUGCUAUGAUGAGUAAUUCUUAUCAAAUAAUUUCUGAACGUUCAGACGUCGAGUGGAAAUUUGCGAGAAGUAAAUUAUGGAUGAGUUAUUUUGAAGAUGGCUCAACAGUUCCUCCACCUUUCAACAUAUUUCCAACACCAAAACUUUUAAGACGAUUUUUAGUAUGCAAGGAGAAGCCAGCAUCAAUGUCGCUUAAGGUAAAGGAGGAACAGGAAAGGGACUUUAAAUAUAGGUCUGUGAUGAGGUGUUUGAUCCGACGGUAUGUAACAACUCAGCAACGAAAAGCAGAAGAAACUGGCGUGACGGAAGAUGAUGUGAAUGAAGUGAAGCAAGCGGUGACGAGCUUUAGAAGCGAGUUGUUCGACAUACUCAGAAAGAAUGGCAUGAAAGGUGUUGUCAGUGCUUCGGAAACAUUGAGUCGCAAAGAACGACUGAGAGAAAGGCGGUUGUUGAAAGAUUUCAAUAUUGACUUGGUAGAAAGUGUUAUGGAAGCAUUCAUGAAAGAUUCUGACACCAAAAACAAAUUCGGGCUCAUUCGUCGCUUAACAGGAAAGAGAGAGAAUGCGAAGAAAAACUGGAAUGCUAUAGUAGGAGCAGCUCGAUCCAGGCAAAAUCCAAUCGGUAGAACAAAUUCCGUGCACACAAGCGGAAGCAUCAAAGAGCUACGUGACAAAGUUUUUCAAGAAGAGGAACUUCCAAGAGCUAGAGGAGUUAGGAGAUUUGCAGCUGCAGCCAGAAGAGUUUUACACGAUCAAGCUACAAGAAGUAACAUGUAUGAGAAUACGAACAGCAUAGCAUCUAUCGAAGAAGAAGUUCCUGGCACGUUCUCAGCCAGUGUAACGCCUAGAAACUCAGUACCUCAAGAAGCCGUAAGCGAGGAAUCAAGAAGGCAGUCCACAGAUGAAUCUAGUCACUCAAAAUCUAAUUUACAAGUUCAUAAGCCAGAAAGUGCUGUUAUAAAUUUAGAAAAUACUCAAAGUAGUGGUAGCUCAUCAGGUGCGGUACAGUCUCCGAGUUUGAAGCAAGGUCCGAAGGUUCAAGGACUAAUUUCCAGGUUUGAUCCAUCCGAAGAAAUUACAGCUUCGCCAGAAAUACGCAGGCAUUCGGCUCCACCAACUGAUGGAAAGAAUGCAAGUGAGCAACUAUCGCAACGGAGAGGUGCGAAGGUUUUCCCUAAGACUGAUGAAAAUGUAGGAUGGCUGUGAAUGCACUUUUUGUCUGUAUUUUAAUAAAGAUAUCUAGAAAACUAGAA